GGAAAGGGCAGCGAUGCACUGGAUUUGAACCCGGAGAAAGGUCUGUUUGGAUGUGUUCCAAAUGGUAGCCGGCUGUGAUGUCGGUGUUGAUCUAGAGAAAGAGAAGGUAGAGAGAGAGAAAUGGGGGGAAGAAGCCCUAUUCUGGUUGGUUUGGUGUUGGUUAUGGUAUUGGGUUGCGCCAUCUACUUCAGGCUCUGGACCAUUGAUUAUACCAUUUCUUCCGAUGAAACCGAGAUUUUGAGAAGACAGUUUGAUCUUGCUAAUAGGGAAGCAAUGGAUGAAUCUGCAGAGUGGAGACUGAAAUAUGACGAGGAAGUAGAGAGGGCUACCAAGUGUCUAAAUGAAUUGAUAAAGGUUAAGGAAUCCUCUGAGAAGAAGGUGGAGGAUGCUGCUAGCACAAACCAGAAAUUGGCAAUGCUGCAAAAGGAAAACAUGGCCUUGCUAGAGCGGGUGGAAUCUUUAAAACAAGAGCUUGAAGCUGAGAAGUUGAAGUGCAGCUUACAAUAGAUUUAACUGACAAUCAAAAUUCGGUGUCUGGUUCAAGAGAGUUCUGCAUACAAGCUUCCCCUUCACAUGGUCAACUGGUGUUAUUGCUCUCCAUUCUUGAACGAAAUGGCCUUUUUUUUUCUCAUUGACAAAUACUUCCUGAGCUCAAUUUUCACCGACUGAGCUUGUCAAUCCUUGUCAAUUUUGCCAUAAAAAUGGUUUUUUCUUGGACAAGAUACACGUACUCCUGAACUUUUAUUACUCUUUACAAUUAUUUGUCACCAAUUCUUAGCUAUAAAAGGAGUUCAUGUAUCGGCAAUGGCGGUUGUUUUGCACAUAGUUUCUCUUUACUCUAUUUCCCUCCAAGAAAGCAAAUUCCUUUCUCCUUUUUUUUUUUUUCAAUCAAGAAAUCAGUCAUCUUUCAACCUCCAUGAAUUUAGAGCUGGAAAAUGUGUGUUUUACAGAAAUGAAGCUCCCUAUAGUUUAUUCUCACUUGCUUUUUUAACCUGAAAUCUAUAGCUGCAGAUCAAUAGGGCAGGCCUUGGCCAACCCUGCUUAAAAGUGUAUUUGGAGAGUGUUUCUAUUCGAAAUCAUUUGGACUCUAAUUCAAUGUUUUAGUGGGUUGUGUUGUACUUGGAUUAAAUGUUUUAGGCUUAAAUUUGAGUUCCAACCUGAUUAA